AUGGAGGAGAGGGUAGAGGAGAGGGCCGGGGCGGCCAGGGCGAGGCCCGGCCGUCUGACCGCACUUCAGGAGCAGCUGAUCUGGGCCCUGCUGGGAUCUGGACUGUCCCGGGACGUCCUGGUUCAAGCCUUUGGGGAGCUGGAGCGAGACAGGGCGAGUGCCGGCGUCGAGAAGGGAGAGAGGGGGGACGGAGAGAGCUCAGAGGAGGGAGAGAUGGACUUCCCGCCGCCUAUAUUCCGAGAGCUGGAGAAGCUUUCCCCAGAGGAGGUGGCCAAACUGAGGGCUGAAGUGGACCAGCUCCUGCAGGGGGACCCAUGGCAUGUUGCAAAAAUGGUAAAAAGUUACAUGCAGCAGCACAACCUCCCUCAGAGAGAGGUGGUGGAGUCCACAGGCCUCAACCAGUCCCACCUGUCCCAGCACCUCAACAAGGGCACGCCCAUGAAGAACCAGAAGAGAGCCGCUCUGUACACCUGGUACGUCAAGAAGCAAUGCGAGAUCAGCCAGCAAUUCACCAACGCCAAACACGGCCUGUCAUCUGGCGAGGAGCCAGGAGAGGACACCAGGAAGGGACGCAGGAACAGGUUCAAAUGGGGUCCAGCGUCCCUGCAGAUCCUUUUCCACGCCUACGAACGACAGAAGAACCCCAGCAAGGAGGAGAGAGAGGGGUUAGUGGAGGAGUGUAACAGGGCGGAGUGUCUCCAGAGGGGGGUGUCUCCCUCCCAGCUGGCUGGCCUGGGCUCCAACCUGGUUACUGAGGUCCGGGUGUACAACUGGUUCGCCAACCGCCGCAAAGAGGAGGCCUUUCGUCACAAACUGGCUCUGGACACACCUUUUACCAACCAAUCUGCCUCCUCUUCUCAGCCCAACCUCCCACCAAGUCCUGAGCACGCUGUGAAAUACAGCCAGCAGAUCCUGUGUGACACUGUGAGCUCAGUCAGAGGAAGCGGAGGGGACAGAGUGGGACGUCUUGUGGUCAGUCCUGUCCAACUGGAGCCCAGCCACACACUCCUCGAGACACAAAACCCCAAGCAGGUAUCCAGCGGUGGCCCACUGCCCCCAGUAAGCACUCUGACCUCGCUGCACAGCCUGUCGGCUUCCCCUGCUUCCUCACAGAGCCUCAUCAUGGCCUCGCUGCCCAGCGUCAUGAGUCUGGGGGAGUCCUCGCUUCUCAUUGGUUUAGCCUCCACGCAGCCUCAGACUGUGCCCGUUAUCAACAAUGUGGGGGCCGGAUUCACCACCCUCCAGCCAAUCUCCUUCCAGCAGCAGCUUCACGCCUCUCCUCAGCAGCCAAUAUCACAGCAGCUCCAGGGUCACAUGAGUGCUAGUCCCUUCAUGGCAACCAUGGCACAGCUGCCAUGUCACAUGUACAACAAGUCGGAUUCACCACAGUACCAUUCGUCCAGCCUGCUGUCUCAGGCCAUGGUCAUCGCAGACAGCAGCAGCCUGGGGACGCUGACCAGCCUUGCUGCUGUCAGACAGAUUCUGACAGCAGAUCCAGAGGAACAGACGGACUCACCUUUACAAGAAGACUCUCUACACCUGCAGCCACACACACCUGUACCAGCUUCCUCAGAGAGCUUAGAGCUGUAUCCUGCCCCUCAGACGACAGACAGCCAUCAGUCUCACCUCCUCUCACCUGCAACAACAGACAUCAGCUCCUACAUUCCUACACAAAUGGUGUCCACAGCACAGUAA